AUGGAGCAGCAGGAGAAGGACCGCAGCGGGGAGCGUGCCAGUUUCGGCCCGCCGCUGGCAGCUCCCCGGUUCUACCAGCAGGAGUCGGAGAAGCUCGCGGAGCAGAGGAGGACCCGCGAGGAGCAGAGUGCGACUGCGCGCCUGCUCACUCCCAAAAACGCUACGGGUCGGCGUGGCGUUCUGCCGGCGGCGCCCCGCGACCCGCUGCGCCUGGCGCAGAGCAUCGUCGCCGCCACCCGCCAGUUCGCCACACUGCCACCGCCCGUCGGGGAGCGGCGCUCGAUUGUCCGCUGGGUAGCGACGCACCGCGACAUCGUUGAGGCUGUCGCGGGGUCAAUCGAGCGCGGAGCGGCCUCGUUCGACGGCUCGUCGCGACCCAAGACGGACGAGGUGGCCCUCGUGCGCGUGUUCGAAUGGCUCUUUGUCGACGAGGGUCCCCACGCGUGCCUCGCAUUCCUGGAUGACAAGAAGCCCGGUUGUGGUGGUGAAGCCGCCAUUGACGAUGGUGGCGUGAGCGACGCCGACAAGAGGGAGGCAUUCGCGCGGCUGAACCAGGCGGUGGCGUCCGUCGCGGUCAAGCGGCUGCGCGAGUGCCGGCUCGCGAUCCCCGAGCUGCUCGCUCGGAUGUGGACCAGAGUGUGGCAAGCCGCAGCAGCCGCGAGUGGUGGUGACGAUGGUGCCGAGCUGGCGGCGGUCGGCCUGCUCUCGGCCAUCGGCCGUGUCUAUGAGCGCCUGGCCGAGCACCGUUAUCGCGACUUCUUCAGCCGUCGCCUCGAGCCGAUCGAUGACGAGCCCUUUAUACGCUUCGUUGCGGACAACAAGAGCGUCGCGAUCGUGGCAGCCGGCCUCGAGCUCAUCAGGGACGCCAUGUACUACCGGUUUGGCCAAAUCUUUGGCCAGCGGACCUGGACCCAUCUGAUGGUCAACACAGUCAUCCACCCCGACCACUACAUCCGCCGGUGGGCCUACUCGUCCUUGGACUUCCGCUACUGCCACGACGACCUGCGAGUCGAGAUCUGCCAGCUCAGAAUGAGCCGGCUUCGCCAGGAAGAGGACCCAACCGUCAAGGCGCGCCUCCUCAAGUCCCUUACCAGGCAGUCCGGCUCCGACAUGAGCCGGGUCCUGCUGGAACCCCCAUUCACCGAAAUGCAGAAUUCGAAUGGCAAGGUGGCACGUGCGGCGACAGCUCUGCUUAGCUGGAUGGUCUUCGCUGGCGGCGUGAGUCUAGACCGGGAGCAAGUGCGUCGGGAGGGCAGCCUGACGGCCCAAUUGCUCUGUUUCCUGGCCAACAACAGGCCGGGCUUCUCGACCAGCGCCGACGCGGCCCACUUACCGCAUGACCUCCGCGAACUCUUCGCGGCCACGACCGCUGGCACUCCUCUCCCCUUCCGCCCACUCGACAAGCCCAUGUGCGUCUUGGAGCGCAACGCGACCAAGCUGCUGGUGGCCAUCCACGACUGGCUGCAGGCCGACGGAACGGACAAGUGGCAUCGGUCAAGACACAAGGGGCGGCCUGAUGGCCAGCAGCCUCCAGUCGACCCGCUGACGGAAGAUGAGGAAGAAGAGCAAGGCGACAACCUUCACGACCAUAGAAACGAUGAUGGCGAAGACGACGAUGACGACGACAACGGCGAGCGCCGGCACGAUGUUGCUCCUCCGCACGAUGAUGCGGGUGAAGAGGGAGACGACGACGAUGACGACGACGACGACGACGACAUGGAGCACCAGGCAGAGCACAUCAAGCAGGCCCUGGCCUACACGCCCUACGUCAUCGCCUGCCUCCAAGACCCCGAGCCCUUGGUGCGUUACGGAGCGUGCGAGGCGAUGCGGUGGAUGUGGAGGUGGAGCUCGCCCGGCCAGCGGCUGACGGCCUCCAACCUCCUGGUGGACCUCGCCGCCGCCGGCACCGAUCAAGGUGCACCAUUCGUGCAACGCAAGGCCUUUGCCACCCUCCAGGGGCUGCUCGACGACGCCCCGUACGACGGCGAAGAGGACAUUAUCUUCGCCUCGUGCGUCGCCCGACUCCAGCGCCACGACGGCCCCGACCACUCGCCCCUCCACCUCGUCAUGCAACUGGCCCGAGCCGGCGGCCUUCGUGACCCCAAAGAGCGAACGAUGGAGCUGGCGGAGCUGAUGAUGCCCGUUCUGGUGGCGAAGAUGCGACACGUGCAAGGCGUGGAGCUGGUGAGCUGCAUGCUGGCCGCCAUCGAGUACGUCCUGCCGCUCGGCGGGCGCUGUCCGCUGGCCCGCGAGGUGAGCCUGCUCGUGGGCCAGCGCUGGGCCGAGGUCUUCCCCCGCGCCAAGCACUUCCGGCUCUCGAAGCCGGCCAAGAAUUUCGAGCGCAGACACGCCCUGUUGGCCGACCUCUACGACGCGCUCGAGCCACAACCGUGA